CCUUACUCCCUACCUCGUACCUGCUUUCCGGCCCCAGCUGUAACGGCGUCCCAGUGUCUCGGACACGCUGCACGCUGCGCGCCGCACCUUUGCAAUUAUACUUUGAACCCCCCAAAAGUCUAGUCCAAUCCUUUCAACUAUUCGCACGCAGGCUCCGAACAGCCUCAAUGUCCUCUCCGGCGACCACUCGACGACGCGGACAGCCGAAAGGCCUCUCAUCGCCUCCCAUGGAGAAGAUGGAUUCUCCUGCCCGGGGUUACGAUGACGAGAAGACGGCCGAUCAAGCCGCCAAUGGUAUGGCCAUGAAUAGACACGCUUCUAGCGAAAAGUCCCUGCAGACUGCUGGUCGAAUAGUCGCCGGUCUCUUUUCCCAAUGGAUCACCGUUGGCGUUAUGCUUGGCCUCAUCUUUGGCGGCUGCUGCUCCAAUGUGUAUGCCUUGGAAGCAAUCAUCAAGGUCGAACCUGCAAGUGGAACCCUCUUGACAUUUGUCCAAUUCCUCUUCGUGGCUGUCACCGGAUACUUUUCCCAAUUCGAUCGAUCGAGACCACCGUUCUUCUUGCAGCAGAACAAGGUCCCGAUACGCCGCUGGAUCAUCAAUAUUGUCCUGUUCUUCAGCAUUAAUGUGUUGAACAACCAUGCCUUCAGCUAUGACAUAUCCGUUCCUGUGCAUAUCAUUCUUCGGUCUGGUGGAAGCAUUACAACCAUGGUCGCUGGGUCUCUUUAUGGGAAAAAGUACUCGCGCAUACAGAUCGUGGCUGUCGUUCUCCUGACAUUCGGUGUCAUCACCGCAGCGUGGUCGGACUCACAGUCAAAGACCUCUUCAAAGGCAACCGAGGGGAGUGACAAGCCCGCUUUUGGGACGGGCCUCGUUGUGCUGUUCGUGGCGCAGGUCCUCUCCGCCAUCAUGGGUCUCUACACUGAAGAGACGUACAAACAAUACGGUCCCCAUUGGCGAGAGAAUCUCUUCUACUCACACCUUUUGUCACUACCGCUCUUCUUGCCGUUUGCGCCAUCACUGAUCCGCCAAUUCCGAAAACUAGCAAACAGUCCGCCUCUUUCGCUACCCAUGGCACAACUUCCCGGCCUUGGCCUCAAUGGGGACGUUGGAGAUGGUCUCUCCAAACUCCAAAUUCCGAGCCAACUUGCUUAUCUGGUGACAAACGUCGUUACUCAGUACGCAUGUAUCCGGGGUGUAAACUUGCUCGCUGCCGUGUCCUCAGCAUUGACUGUUACCAUCGUCUUGAACAUUCGCAAGUUGGUCAGUCUACUUUUGAGCAUAUGGCUUUUCGGGAAUCGCUUGGCCGUGGGGACUCUGGUCGGGGCAAUCAUCGUGUUUGGGGCUGGAGGCCUAUACUCAUUGGAUUCGAGAGCCAAGACCUCUAGGGUGCAAAAGAAUAGUUAGAAAACCCUUCCAAGGGACUUUCAGACAUCCAUAUCUCUAUGGUCGUGUCAAACAGCAGGUGGCUGUUUUGGGAACCAGCAUGGUUGAUGCUUGUACCUCUCGAUAGUGACUUACUUACAUUACGACUGCAACCUUUGACUCAUCCGGCGAGCUUCGUGACUUGGUUAUGCACUAUUGAAUGGUAACAGCCUAGACAGGCAGGGUAGAUGCCCGUAAGUGAAAGACAUGACCGGUGCCAUAAUAUCUUACCUGAGGGCCCAGAGACGUAAGGUAGGCAUAACAGGUACCUUACCUUAUAUGAU